CCGUCAUCGCGCGAGGACGGCAAGAUCACCCUUGGUUCAACUGUUGGGUAUCCGUUUCGCGCAACGCGAUUGGUUAACAGCUCUUCCGCAAGCCCCGCCUACCUAGGUGGCUGUUCGAAAGUGUGUAGUAGUGUUUUCUUACGCCGAAACGACGGGCGCUGUUCUCCUCUCACGGUGUUCAAUCGCAGGAAAAAUUCGAAAUGGGUCGUGUCAGUGCGCUAAUAUACGACGGCUGAGAAGGAGUCGAGUAAGUCGAAAAUCGUGAUCGUGUUCGAGGAUGCUACACGGGGUGCUGCUGCCACGCUGUGAUACCGUGUCCGGGGGGGUCCUUAGCUCCCGAGUCUGGUGUGUCGGAGGUUGAGGAAGAAAGAGAAAGAGAGAGAGGAAGAGAAAGAACGGAGAUCGUGCACGAGAGGUGGCGACUGCAGUGGCAGUGGCAGCAGAGGUGGUGCGAGCGUGGUGAGAAGGAAAAACACGUUUCGCGAGGGAACGUCUCGUCUCACGUCGAGAGUUCCGGCUGAAGAUAUCGGUGUUCGUCGGUGCCGUCCGGCGGUGUUCGUUCCGCGCGCCGUACGGCGCGAACUUCGCGCCCCGCGAAACUUGUCCGAUCGACGACAGUGAAAAGGAAAGAAAGGAACAAAAGAUAAAGCAGAAAACGGUGAGUGCGAAGAGAGAAGUGCGAGUUGUCGUCGUGCUUCGCUUUACGGGCUGAGCUCGGCUUUAGCAGCCGAGCGAACGAACGAACGAGCGAGGCAACGGAGGACGUCAGCUGUGUGUGCUGCGCCAAGGGGACGUGACUCGUGCGCGAGUGGAAGCAGGAUAAGGCGAGCGAGCAAGCGGGACAGUGAGAAGCCGCGCACACGGCCGAUAUGGGAGACGGAGAAAUGGCGCUGGUGCCAGGUGUCCAGUAUGGUUUAUCAUCGCACAGCUAUCUCGGCGAGCACAAGGCCAUGAUCUUCACGAAGCUCACCGACUCAGCGUCCCGUUCCAUCCACGAAUACAUCAAGAUCCGGCAUAAGCUCAAUCAGGGACCCACUAUACAGUUCCUAGGAAAUGAAGGGCAACUCAACAUUCCAUCCAGCCAUGGAUUGGCCGAAUUCAACUUCAGCCUCUUCAGCAACCAGGACAUCGAGGGUCCUCAAAAUGGCUUCGAGUGCGUUCAACAAGUCGCCCAUAAAAACCUCAAUAACCUCGGCAACCUGUCAUACAAAAUGCGGAUACAGGCAAACGACGACGUUUACGAGACCACCAGGCACAGAAUGGCGGUCGCCGAGGAGAAUAACAAGAACAAAUGCACGAGGGUGAUCAAGGCAAACGGUCCAGACAUCGGACGCAAGGUGAAAGUGAAAGGAACCGGAAGGAUAAUACCACCUCCGUAUGCGAAGCAUCGGGAAUCUACGACGACCAUUCCAACUUCCGGCAGUAGUCAGUCCAAAGCAUCAACCAACAAGCCGGCCGCUAGUAAUAGUAGUAGUAACCAUCCAGCGACGACUCGCAGUCCGGAGAAAAAGAUCUCCGACCUAAUGCGCAGGCCGCUUAAGGAAAGGCUUAUUCACCUCCUUGCUUUGAGGCCCUACAAGAAACCCGAGAUUUACGAUCGCAUUACAAGAGAGGGUAUAAGAGACCGUGAGCGAUCGAUCAUAAUGACGGUCUUGAAGCAAGUGGCGACCGUGCGCGACAACACGUACGAACUGCAGAGGCACAUCUGGAACGAUGUGCAAGAGGAUUGGCCUUUCUACACUGAUCAGGAGAAGGCGAUUCUGAAAAGGCGGAAACCUCAGAAUCUUACGCCACCAGCGAGUGACGGUGGUUCCAGCGGCAGCGGGCAUUCGCCGAACUCCAUCCACGCGGGCUCGCCGCCGGCAAUCACGGCGCCACCAGCCAGCCUGCAGGGCAACAAGAGACCGGGAUACUACCAGGGUAACGAUGGGCUGCCGACGAAGAAACCACGGAUAUCACAUUACAGGAGACCCGAGCCCAUCUCCUUCAUUUCCAGCAGUAGUGCUCCCGAAAGGGCGUCCAGCGGCAGCAGUUAUAACAAUAAUAAUAGCAGUGGUGUUAGUGCAACAGCCAUCGGUGGUGAUCGUACCGCCGGUAGUAAUAGUGCUUGUGGUGCCAAUAGUAAUAGUGCUGGUAACAGAAGUGACGGUUUCGUUGAGGCCUGGGAGUCGAGACAGCAAACGCAGCGCGAGCGCAACAGCCGCGUUGAUUACCGAGCUGAAAGGAUAGCGAACAGUGAUGUGCUGCGAGAUACUGGCAACAGCUACGGCGCCGUGGCGUCCGCCGUCGCUGCGAUUUCAGACGGUUCCUCCAAUCGACCAUCGUGCCUGACGUCGUCGCCCAGUGACAGUGCGAGAAGCAACCAUCACCAGAUGGCCGGGCACGGACGCGACAGCGGUACCACGACGGUAUCCAGCGGAAACGCCGCCGAGGGCAGUUCGAACGAAGUGAACAUUGACAGGAGAGACAAGAGUGACAGGAGUCGAGGUGCGAGGGAAGAAAGGAACAGGGAGAGAGAGUCCAGAAAUAGGAGUACUGCCGCAACGCUUGGUACUAACUUCCACAACGAAGCUUCCAGCAGCGGUGCUCCUACUUACAAUGCCAAUUCUACCAAUAAUGCCAAUGCCGCCGUUGCCGCCGUCGCUGCCGCCGCCGCCGCCGCCGCAGGCUCGCUGUUCGAGAGACCGGCCAACCUCAGGGAGUAUCCCGAUUACCUCACGGAUUACGUAACAGUAAGCAGCGUGGAGCAAAAAAGGCGUUACAAAGAAGAUUUCUGUGCCAACUACGAUGAGUACCGCAAAUUGCACGCUAAAAUGGUCGUAGUCGGGCAACAUUUCACGAAUUUGUACAACUCGAUGCAAGGGCAAAAGGAUCUGGGCAAUACGGCCAGAGCGCAGGUGUACAAGGAACAGAUACUCCGUGACUAUAAUGCGUGCAAAAAUGAUCCAAGGCAUUUGCAGAUGAAGACACGGUUCGAUUACCUGCAUGACAAGCUGAGCCAUAUAAAGCGACUGAUCCUAGAAUACGAAACCGCAAUGUCCAACAACCGCGUAGUUAACGCCACCAGUAAUACCAACACCAGAAACAUUGGGGAUGUCAAUAGUCGGCACUACUGACACAAACUGAAAAGGCCGUCUCUUGUUCCCCGCCUCUUCCUCUUCGUUGUCGGUACGCUACUGUCAACGCUGUCGCAGAAUUUGCAUUUUCUCGGCAAGUUCCAAGGCUGAUCUUUCACGGUCCACAUGGUUCCUGGGUUCUAUCGCCGAAAAAGUCAAGUGACUCGAUUCGGAUUUAUCUCUUGUACGAUAUUUAGAUUUACAUUAUAACAUCAUGAAAAAAAAAUAUAUAUAUAUCGUACAUAUAUAGUAAUAUAUCGUACAUGAGAUACUCUU